CUAAAAGGCGUAGUCCUUCGGAGCUCUUUUAUUUUGAAGAGUGUACAUUAACUGUUGACCACCGACAUAACAUAAAGUGUUACUGCAUACAUUUAAGUAGUUAUAAAUCAUCGUCGUUAUUUUCCAAGGGGAAAACGGUUACAUUUCUAUUUACGCGAUCUCUAUACGCGUUUGAAAUUGGACACCGCUGGUUUUGAGGCCCUCAUUUCAUGCGGAGGGAUACGUUGCUUCUGACAAUGUGGACGGAGGUGGUUAAGAUGUCUACUAGAAGAAUGAAAUCAUCUCAAUUGUAACAACAAAAAGGAGGACGUGAGAUUAAUAACUAGAUAUUGUUUGGAUGCAGACUAGUUACAUUAUACUAAUGACUUAGGUAGUGUAACAACAAGGUUCUGGAGGAAUAAGGAAGACCUCUACAGCGAUCCAAUGCGUUUCACGCGCUGAGGUUGAAAUUCUCUUAAGUUUUAUGUUUUUUUUCCCCUGCGAGACUCAGCCUUUCUUUUUACUGUUGGAUGCCAGACAUUUGAAGAUUAAAGGGUUGUUAGAGACUGAGGGGCAUGAACGAGCAGCAGCAGCAGAGAAUGGCUGCAGUGGGAACAGACAAGGAACUCAACGACCUCCUGGAUUUCAGUGCGAUGUUUGCACCACCUGUGGCAAAUGGGAAGAACCGGCCGACGACACUCGCCAGCAGUCAGUUUGGUGGAUCAGCUCUGGAUGAUCGCAGUGGCCCUGGAUCUUGGGGCUCUGGAGAACAGAACAGCCCCUCCUUCAACCAGGGACGGGGCUAUGGAGAAGGCUCCCACUACAAUGAGCAUGAGGGCCUGUCAUCCCCCUUCCUCAGCUCAGGAAUUGGAGGUAAAAGUGAGAGGGUACCAUACACUUCCUUUGGAAGCCAGCCUGGUUUCCUACCCAGUGAUAUAGCCAUGCCCGGUCCAGAUGCCAUGUCCCCCUCUGGGCUGAAGUCUGGCUCUCAGUUCUACCCUGGGUCGUACCCCAACAACCCCAGGAGGAGGCCUCCCGAUGGUCAGCUAGACACCCAACCGAAGAAGAUCCGGAAACCCCCUGGCUUGCCAUCAUCGGUGUAUCCAUCCACAUCCGGGGAUGACUAUGCCCGUGACAAUGGAGGUUACCCUGGCACCAAACCUGGCUCCGUGUACCCAGGGGCCUUCUACAUGCAAGAGGGUCUCCACCCCUCAUCUGACCCCUGGGCUGCCUCAGGGCCUCUGGCCCAGUCCGGCUACUCUGCCAUGCUGGGUAACUCCCCCCACAUCGGCCAGCCAGGCUCCUUCUCUGCCAUCAACCCACAGGACAGGAUGGUGAGGACAGCCCCUCAAUAUAAGCGUCAACCCCUGCCUCUGUCCCCACAGAAUUACCCUCUUCAUGGCAGCGAUGUGAACGGCAGUCUCCCGCCCGGCUUUCACUCUGGCUCUGGAAGCUACAACCACACGACCUCCAUCAACGGCGCAGACGGCAUCAUGGCCAACAGAGGCACUACGGCAGGGAGCUCAGGAGAUGAGAUUGGGAAGGCUCUUGCGUCCAUCUACCCCUCGGACCAUAACAGUAACAACUUCUCCUCCACACCCUCCACUCCAGGCGGCUCCCCCCAGGGAAUUGCAGGAGCUGCGUCUCAAUGGCCACGACCUUCAGGGCAGUCUGCCCUGUCGCCCACCUAUGAAGGCCAACUGCACGCCAUGCAGAACAAAAUGGAGGAUCGUCUGGAGGAGGCCAUCCACGUGCUGCGUAGCCACGCUGUUCAGGGCCCGCCCGGCCUGGCUGGAGGAGCGCAUUCUGACAUGCACAGCCUGCUGAGCGCCGUGUCGUCUGCCCACAACGGCAGUCUGGGAGGCAUCUCACAGGCCUUCUCCAACGCUGGCCUGGCCCUCAGCAACAGACACCCUGCCAUGGGAGGGAACCACCAUGAGGAGCCCAGCGGUCUUCCCCCCAGCAGCACGCUGCUUCAUGGGCACCAUGCCUCCGGACCUCCUCAGUCCACCGGACAACCAGAGGGCUUCACCAGCCUGCCGGGAAGCGUAGCCCGUUCCACACACUCAUCCAGCGGCUCUGACAUCAAGAGGGAGGACAAGGAGGAUGACGAGAAUUCCUCCAUUGCUGACAAAUCUGAGGAUGAGAAGAAGGAAACCAAACGCAUCCGAGCGAGAAAGGAGGCGUUGACCCUCCAGAUCCUCUCUGGCCUCUCAGGCCUGUCAGACCCGGGAGAUGAUCCAGAGGAUGAGGACGAUGAGGACCUUCCUCCUGAGGUAAAGGUAGAGCGCGAGAAAGAGCGGCGAGUGGCCAACAACGCCCGUGAGCGGCUGCGGGUGCGAGACAUCAACGAGGCUUUCAAGGAGCUGGGCCGCAUGUGCCAGCUGCACCUCAGCAACGACAAACCUCAGACCAAACUGCUCAUCCUGCAUCAGGCCGUCAACGUCAUACUCAACCUGGAGCAGCAAGUCAGAGAACGCAACCUGAACCCUAAAGCGGCGUGUCUGAAGCGGCGGGAAGAAGAAAAGGUGUCUGGGGUGGUCGGGGACUCACCCAUGCAGCUCUCAGGAGGCCAUCCCGGGAUGGGGGGAGAUGGCCAUAACCCAGUCAGCCAUAUGUAAUACCAGAUAUGGUGGAAUUCCCUUGGCUCUCGGAAGGUGUGGCCUUAAUCUCCUCUUCCACCCAUUCUUCUCAGUGUGUAUGUGUGUGUGUGUGUGUGUGUGUGAGUAUGUGUACAUAUACUGAAGUGUCUGUGUAUUGUCAAAUUCAGUUUCAACACGCACAUUCACACACCCUUAUCCAGACAUGCAUACCUGCCAAAACUGACACAGACAAUUUGCCGCACUCCUGACCAUGACUACCAGCGCAAAUGUGAAAAACUUUUGUGUUUUCUACAUAUAUUUUUGGCUUCCAUUACAUGUUGGAACACCGGAGUACUAGUGUCCAGCCACAGAUGGGACUUAAUACACUGCCGAGAGGUGCUCUGGAAAAAGACAGAAGCCUGACAAAUGUAAUCAAGGAUUUGUGCCUAAUUGUUACAUGUUUUGUAUGAGACAUUUAAGCAAAUUGCUUAUGUGUGCGGAACAUUUUCUUUAGGGGUUGCUUAUAUGUAUGAGCAUAUUGUUUUUUUUUUUGUUGUUUUUUUUUUAAGUGUAGAUUUGUCAUUCCCAGCUUAAUGGUACAGUCUUACAUAUGCUAUGUAACCAAAUCCAUGUGAUAGUGGACAUGACCUACGUUGGGGGUCAGUUGCCGUCCCACCCUGUGGACCCCGGGCCCUGUGAGUCGAGGCACGGAGAGGCUGAUGGGGGAGGACCCUCACCUGUGUAGUUGGGAGUCAUAGAAACAAUUGUUCUCAAAGCCUGUUCUUCCAUCCGUAAACAAUGCAAUUCAGACUGCUAUUGUUCCAGUAUCCAGUAAGUGUAGGUUCAUCGGGAGACAGGUUUAUCUGGCAGGGGGUGAAGAGGACAGUUCAGUUUUACAGCACUGAAGGGUAGGUUUCAUCCUCCAUCUCACCCCUGAUUCAAAGCCUAUUGUUGAUACCGUCAGAAACUAGAGAGAUGCUCUCUGAAAGCUAACCAGCCUGGUCUCAUGAGGCUGGAGGCUUGGUUUGGAAAACUGAUGGGCAAGUUAUGGCCGUAUUGUGUAAUGCCACCCUCUGAGUUUUAAAUCAGUUUACCCAAUACUAAUGCCCUUUAAGGACACAAACCUGGUGCUUUAGCCCCUGCGUUGUCAUUCUGUAAAGACUAACACUAGGUUCCAAUGUGCGGAUGUGGGAUCAACAGUUGAUCCCCUUAAUGAAAUGCCAUUUUAAUACCAGAAAAGCCACUGCAAUUUAUAAGUUAUGUUUUCUGUUCUUAAAAUUGAAGCUUUGAGCAUUCCCAAUGAACAAUCUGACCCUCCUGCUGUAUAGCCCUAACUAUUCUAAAAAUGUCUACUUAAUUAGACAUCUCAAGCAUACAUAAAUCUAAGGAUAUUGUUUCCAGUGGAGUAAAAUUAAAUAUAUUUUUUGGUUAGUCUAUACAUUGUAGAUUUUUUUUUCUUCCUUUUUUUUUUUUUUUAAAUAAAUGACUAUUAGUUUGAAGUUUUGUGUUUUGUAGUUGAGCAAAAUGAAAAGAUGAUAUUUCAUGUAUUUUCCAUAUAAACUCAAAUUGGACUGUCAGCUUUGCCAUUGGUGAGGAAUGCUAAGCGUAAGCUCGGGAAGAAACGGACAAAUGGGGUCAGUUGUAGGCUUAAUUAUCAUUAUGUAUUCAGUGGCUAUUAGGCUGUCAGUCUUUCUUGGAUCCCUUUUUGCUGCGUUUGACGAAGGGGUAAAGUGGCCUAAUAUUAUUAAUGUCCCAUUGUAGAAAUGACAACAAAAAUAGUAAGGAAGGUUUUUGUCUGUUACCCAAAUGAAUUAUUUAUUUUCAAAUGGGAAUGUGUGGAUGGAGUUCAUGCCACUGACUGUUCUAUUCAAGUGUUCUUACUGAAUGGUUGUGUGGCUUCACAAGGCAAAGUCUACGAAAACAGGCUCUGUCUCGAACAGUAAUUAUGCAACUGGUUUUGAAUGUAACAUUCAAAUGUGGAUUGCCUUCAUUUUCAAGUAUGUACCCAGGUUUUGUCCGUUGGUUCAAUGUUAUUUUUGAUUUCAAACGUUCCGUUCUCUGCACUCUUCCAUGUGGUUGUCAGUGUACAGCUGUCUUGUUUUUUCUUUGGAGGCAAAAGUUUGUUUGUAAGAUAGAGGAUGGUCUGGGGGAGAAACAUCAGUGUUAAUUCCUGUGAUACGUUAAGAUCAUGGCCUCUGAAUUGGUAUAGAACCAACAUCUAACCACAGGGGCAGAACUGUGCAUUGUUACCUGUUGGUCAUAGUAUUGAGAAGGAUUUAAGUUUACUUUGUAGAAAACAGGAGAAAAGAAAAAAAAAAAGACAGUUUCAAAUCAAUAGUGUGGCCUUUUCAUUCUCAAGACUAAAGAUGUCCUUUUUGGAGAAUGAUGCCUUAUCAGUGCCUAAACUUGUAUUUUCAUUAACUAUAAAGACAGUUUUCUCUUAAACCAUAACAUUUCAUGUAUCGCCAAUAUUAGAGGAUCGGGUGCACCCCCCCCCCACCCCCCCUCCCCAUUUCCUCCCCUUUUCACUUUUCAGGAAGAAGUUGAAAAUGGAAAAAGGAUUGGCUUUUUUCAAUGUAUCUAGUUAAAUAAACAUUUAAACUUUAUGUAGAUUUCAUUAGUUAUUUUUUCCCCCCAACUGGAUUUGACCAUUUGUCCUGACUACUGUUUAGUUGUGGCCAUAGGUUCAGGUCCUGGCAUUGUUUGUUUACCCCCAUUAAUAAACCACUCAACACUACCGGGUUUUAUGAAAUGCUCGUUUCUGCCCUUGUGAUCUGCUUUUUUAAAGCAACUCAAAAUGUCAAUAUAUGGCUUCAGCUUUGUAGUGGGGGGCUGUGUUAUUUUGAGCCAUGAUAACUGGAGCUUCUUGUCAUUAGAUCUAGAAAACCCUUUUCUGUGUUAAGGAGUGAGUGCAAGUCCUAUGCUGCAGUGAUGGACUGUCAUUUAUGACCGUUUCCUUUGCUUUAAGGCUUUGCCUCUUUCUGAUUUCCAGCUCCUUAUUGACUUUGACAGUGACUUAUUGUAAGAGGUAUUUAUGUACUUCUUCAAAAAGUUUAAGAUUUUCAUCUCUAUGAUUACAAGGUUAAAUGUGUACUAAAUAUUGCAGAUUUAGAAAAAUUACUGAUCUGAUUUAUUGUCAUUGUGUAUUCUGUGAACAUCCCACAAUGACAAUGUACAAUCUGUAUUCUGAGUUGUUGGAUAGGGGAAAAGAUGGAGGGUCUUUUUUUUUUUUCAUGACCUGAAUAUUGAUACAGGCCCUGUUUUGAUUACUUGUGGGUCCACCUUUCCCUGUCUAAAGACAUAACUGGAUAGUGUAUUGUCCACCUGUUAAGGUGUGAUUAUGGAUAGAACCUAAUUAGAUGUUUGGUGUAUGAGAGGAUCUUCCACCUGCAAAAUUAUUUCAGACCAUAGAAAAUUCAAGGAAGAGGGCACUAUGUUUUUAAAGUAUUCAAAAAGGGCAACUCAUUCACUGCUACAGAGCCUGGCGUUUUCCACCUGCAGCGAGGACACAAUCAAGACUGAGCUGUGUCUUCAGAGUGCCUCCAGUCCCAAUCUCCUUUGGUAUUUUUUUAUAUAUAUAUAAAGUAGUUAUUGAGAACUGUCCUGUAUAUAACAGUAAUGUAGCAAUAAAUGUGCCAUUUUUAAUAACAGAAUUAUACCUUUUUCAAUGUCUGGCUUUUGAAUCUUGUAUACAUAAAAGGAAAAUAAAGGAAAACAUUGUAAUAAAGGGUUUUAUCAUA